CACAGAGCUGCAAACAACAUUUUGGUUUAAAUGGUUUAUUUGGGCUGAUUUCUUUUUUAUAUUUUCAGCUUGCAACAGUACUUACACAGAUUCUCGUCACAAGCCAGAAACAUACCCAAGCAAAAAGUUCCAUGAAAAAAGCCAAUUCAGGUCAUAACUUACACGUACAUAACUUAUUAUUUGUUUAUAUAUGCCAUUUUUGAUAAAUUAAGGUAGAACACAGAAAUGAGUGAUUUCAGAAAUCAAGUAAUAAUGUGUGAAAAAUGUGGAAAUAAUGUCAAUAAAAUGGAUUAUGAUCGACACUUAAAAACUCACAAAGAAAAGAGAGUUGAAACAUGCAACAUCUGCUUGAAAAAGUUUACGAAUUUAUCGAAUUUUAAAUACCAUCUGAGCCAUCAUUCGGACGAAAGAAACUUUAUUUGCGAUGAGUGUCCAAAAAGCUAUAAAACAAAGAUUGAUUUACUGCAGCACAAGAGAGUUCAUGAACAGAUUAAGGAACCGCUAAUUUGCGAGAUUUGUCAUCAACAAUUUAGCAUUAGGUCAAAAUAUAAUUCUCAUUUAAGAACGCAUGCGAUCAAAAGUGGUCGAAUAAAUUGUGAAAUUUGUGGCAAAUUGUUUAUUAAUCUCCGAUCGCAUAUUCAGCAAGUUCAUCAGAAAAUUAAGAAUCAUAAAUGCUCAAUAUGUAAGAAAGAAUUUGGCAAAAGAUCUGGAUUGGUUAGACAUAUUAUGACUGUUCACGAAAAAUUGAAAUCUUGGUCAUGUGAUGUUUGUGAGAAAUCUUUUGGAGAAAAGACACAACUUCUUAGACACAGAAAGACUCAUUUUAAGAGUAACAAUAGAUUAGAAAAAAUAUUUAAUGAAAAUAAAGCCAAUGAAUCUGGAUUUAUUGAGGAAAUCUUUGUCAUUCAGGACGACUCUGUUGGUAAACAUAAAGAAAUUUUGGUCCAAAAGAAUAAAAAUGACGUCAAGUCAAUAGAAUCAACGGGUUAUGAUGCUUAUUCAAUAGAAGUUUUAGACGAGUUUAGAGAUUCACUGAAUAUCGAAAUUAUUGAAGAUAUAAAAUGUCAUAUCUGCUCAGCUGCUUUUAAACAGAAACGAUACCUUCAAUCACAUUUAAGGACAGUCCAUAAAGGAGAAAAUGAAAAAUCAUUUGAAUGCAAAUUUUGUCCUGAAAAGUUCACUCAUCGAACCCAAAGACUUCGUCACGUCCGACAAAAUCAUCCAGAAGUUUUCGAAGACAAUGUGACCAACCAGACAAGUAACGAUAAUGGAGUGAGCAUCAGAACAUGCAAUUUGUGCAAAAAAAUAUUUAAAAAGUCUAAAUAUUUAGAAUUGCACCUUACAUCGGUCCAUAAAACUGAACUAUUCGAAUGUGAUUUAUGCCAACGGACAUUUACGUUCAAGAGAUCAAUGGAAAGACAUGUUAGAGCUAUUCAUGAGGAUAGAAGGGAUUAUAAAUGUCAUGAAUUUUCGUGUCUUAAAGCUUUCAGAUCCCAGUAUGAAUUGAAUGAGCACAUUAAGAAUAUUCAUGAGAAAAUAAAGAGGAUCGAGCCAUUUGAAAAUGUGACAUGUGAUGUCUGUGAGAAAAUUUGUUCCUCAAAAAAGAGCUUGUAUUCGCAUAAAAAAAUAGUCCAUGUACACCAUCAAUGGAACGAGAAUUUUAAGUAUAAAAUUUGUCAAGAGAAAUUCAAUACAAAGUACAUGAAGGUCAAACACUCAUUUCAAGUACAUACGAAUGGUGAAAUAAAAUCCAGAACCUGCCAUUUGUGUUCGUUGGAAUUUAAAAUUUAUGACGAUUUUAAAUCACACCUGGAAUCUCAUAUUGGAUCUUUUAUUUGUUAAACUCCAUGAGCAUGAAACAAUCUAUUAACCCAGAGACGUUUUCAAGUUGUGAUAAAUUAUUUAAAAUUUUCACACACAUUCAAAGAUCGCAAAGAGAAAUCCUUCGAAAAAUUAACUUAAUUAUACUAGUAAUGCCUGUAAUUUCACGAGAAAAAUAAAAACACAUUUUAGCAUGUU